AUGAUUUGGGCUGCAGUCUUAUCAUCCGAAGUUUUCUUCGGUUAUGAGGUUUGCAGCCUUCUAAUCGGUGAAAAAUAUGACUUUUUAUCAAUGCUUUCUAUUGCCAUUCCGCUUGGAAUUGCAAGUUCUUCAAUGUUAUUUUUCGUAUGCUCAAUUAUUCUCGGUUUCACUAGUUUUCAUUUAUAUAUCCAUAUGGGUGGAUUGAUAGCUAUAGGAUAUAUUAUAUUUAUGCGAAAAAUAAUCAAGAAAAAAUUCAAUAUUCCUAAAUUUACUCAGACUGAAAUAAUUUUUGGAUCAAUUGCAUUAUUUACUGCUGUAUCUAUUAUAGUUUCCGGCUAUGGAUUCAAACCAAGAGUUUAUCUUGAAUCUGGAGGACCAGAUAUUCAAGAAGAACUCGCCAUAAUGAACUCGUUCUACCACGGCGUUAAUAGUGGUCUAGUCAAUAUUUUCAAGAUCAGGCAUCCAUUUUGUUACAAAUGUGUUGCAAGAACAAAAUGGUUGACUGCUAUGCAUUCUGCAAUGCUUAAAAUAGGUUACGCAUCCACUAAAAUGGCUUUAGUAGCUCCAUCGAUACUUUACAUGUUCUCAUUUUGCUAUAUUUUAUUAAAUGUAGCAAAUAUCUAUUUGGAUUCAAUAUUUUGCUCAAUUUUAGUAUUACCACUUGUUUUCUUUGGUGGUGGAUACGGAUUCUAUUAUUGGACAAAGCGACAGAAUCGAAAUAACAAAACUUUGGAUUUCGUUUUUAAUUACGGCGAAACAACCACGCAAUGGUCACAUCCUAUCUUCUACUAUAUUUUAGCUUACAGAUACACACAAUUAUCCCUUUCAAUCGCUUCUAUUGUUAUUUUCUUAAUUUUGAAAAUUUAUAAGAAGAAAAUGUACAGAAAAGAGUUUACUUUACUUGGUCUUCUCAUUGGUGCCCUUCCUGGAGUUGAAAUACAGACAUGUAUUGCUUCAUUGAUCUUUUUUGGACUUCAAAUUUUAUUUAAUCUUCCAAAAGACAAAAAAUCGACAAAAGAGUUCACAAUUUCUAUCACAUUCUUUGGUAUUGCUCAUUUACUUAUGACAAACUUCCAAAUAUUCCAUUAUUUCCCAAGAAAAACGAACUCAAAAUUAUUUUAUUUGGCUUCUUUCUCUCAAAACUUAUACGGAACGCCAUGCCAGUUCCCAGUAAUUACUACGUGGUUCAGAUGUCUCGGUAUUUUAGUCUUUGUCGUUUUAAUUUUCGGAUGGUUUUUGCAUAGAGGUGCAACGAAGAAUAUUUUUAUAUCAGCGGUGUUGCUGUUCGCUAUAGGAAACUAUGUUUCAUUUUCUCCUGUUAGUAGAAUGAACAUUCUCUUCUUUUACCCUUAUUCAAUGGUAAUUUUCUUUGUCACUUUUGUCGAUGUAAUGAAAUAUAUAUCGGACCUUCCAAAAGAAGAAGAAUCGAAAGGUGUUCUUAUUGGAAUAUUUAUUUUCGUUUAUUUGGCAUCGAUUGGUUCAGGUUUACUUGGAUUCAAGAGAUUAAUCGGGUCCAAGAAGGAAAUGUAUGGAUCUGAUAGCGAAAAAGCUGCUGAGUGGAUUGUCCAGAAUACUCCUAAGAAGGCUCUUUUCGGUUGCGAAGAAAAUGAUUUUAAUGUUGUUUCUUCAUUAUCAGGAAAGGUCCUAUAUUCUGGCAAUGACCGAUUAAAUUACCUUGCUGGUUUUGUAGAUAUCGGAAUGCGUAAGGAAUCAAGACAAUUAUUGUCUAAUCCGGAAAGUACUGAAUUUGCUGCAAAAAUGGAAUAUGCAGUGAAUGUAGGAGGAUUCUCUCAGCCAUGGUAUAUUAAUGAUGGUAUUGGAAACUGGACAUUAGAAAAAGAAAUCGGCCAAUAUCAUAUCUUCAAGAGGAAUUUGAAGCGUUAA